AAAUGAUAAAGCAAGACAUGUCCAUAUGAAUAUUUGUAGCAGCAAAAUUUCAUGAAAAAGAGAGAAUUUCAUCUGGGAGUGGCUAUUUGAUAGCAUGGUAUGGAUAAUUGAUGGAUGAUAAUGCAUCAUCAUGAAACAGUUCCUAACAAUUUGGGUACCUCAAGCUGACACAGCUUUACGUGUAUUAUCAUUAUCCUGUUGCUAUAAAUACGCUUAGCUUUCCUUCCAGUUCUGCAUAUGCAUUGUUUCUCACUUGGAUUUGGAACAAGCAACAGUGUGAGGUUGCGGUGCUGUGUGUGCUGCAAUUUCAUUUGAUAGUGCUGGUGAUUUGAAUCGAACCAUUUCGAGGGUAUGAGUUUUUGCUUUAUUGAUUCGUCAAGAGUAGAAAGAUGACUGUGGGGGCAGCGAUAUCUGUUGCAGAUGGAAACUUGAUGGUGUUGGGGAAGAAAGUGCUGAGCCAUGUCCAUGAAAACGUUGUUGUUAGCCCUGCAUGUGAGGGUGCGUUGCUCAAUGGGGCAUUCAUUGGGGUUGAAUCCCAUCAAAAGGGUAGUCGCACAGUCUUCCCAAUCGGCAAGCUUGAGGGGUUGCGGUUUAUGUGUGUUUUCCGGUUCAAGAUGUGGUGGAUGACGCAGAGAAUGGGCACUUGCGGACAAGAAGUUCCCUUUGAGACGCAGUUCUUGCUUGUUGAAGCACAAAGUGGCUCUGAUAUUGAUGCAGAAGAAGACCAAUCUGCUGCUACCUAUGCAGUUUUCUUACCCCUUCUGGAAGGAGAUUUCAGAGCAGUUCUUCAGGGGAAUGAUCAAAACGAGAUUGAGAUCUGUGUGGAAAGUGGUUGUCCCGCUGUGGAGGACUUCGAUGGGUCUCAUUUGGUUUAUAUCGGAGCUGGAUCCGACCCUUACGAAGUCAUUACAACUUCUGUCAAAGCUGUGGAGAAACACUUACAGACCUUUGCUCAUCGCGAGCGAAAGAAGAUGCCAGAUAUGUUGAACUGGUUUGGAUGGUGUACAUGGGAUGCUUUCUACACUAAUGUCACUUCAGAGAAUGUGAAGCAAGGAUUACAUAGCUUCGAGAAAGGUGGAAUUCCUGCCAAGUUUGUUAUAAUUGAUGAUGGCUGGCAAUCUGUUGACAUGGACCCCAAUGGUACUGAAUGGAAAUCUGAUCAUGCAGCCAAUUUUGCAAAUCGCUUAACCAACAUCAAAGAGAAUCACAAAUUUCAGAAGGAUGGCAAAGAAGGUGAAAGAGUAAAUGACCCAGCUCUGGGACUUCGUCAUAUUACCAAUGAAAUCAAACAAGAGCAUUAUAUAAAGUACGUAUAUGUGUGGCACGCAAUAACAGGAUAUUGGGGUGGUGUUAAGCCUGGGGUGACCGGCAUGGAGCACUACGACUCAAAGAUGGCCUUCCCUGUCUCAUCUCCUGGAGUUGAGUCAAAUCAACCAGAUGAAGCUUUGGCAACCAUUGCCAUCAAUGGGCUUGGCCUUGUGAAUCCCGAGAAAGUUUUUCACUUUUAUGAUGAACUUCACUCGUAUUUGGCAUCUGCUGGUGUUGAUGGUGUCAAGGUUGAUGUUCAGAAUAUCCUUGAAACUCUUGGAGCAGGACAUGGUGGGAGGGUGAAACUUGCAAGAAAAUACCACCAAGCAUUAGAGGCAUCAAUUUCCAAGAACUUCCCUGAUAAUGGAAUCAUCUGUUGCAUGAGUCACAACACUGAUGGACUAUACAGCGCAAAGCGUUCAGCUGUUAUUAGGGCAUCAGACGAUUUCUGGCCAAGAGACCCUGCUUCCCACACGAUUCACAUUGCAUCGGUGGCUUACAAUACUAUUUUCCUUGGUGAAUUUAUGCAGCCAGACUGGGAUAUGUUUCAUAGCCUGCAUCCAAUGGCUGAAUACCAUGCAGCAGCACGAGCUGUAGGAGGAUGUCCAAUUUAUGUCAGUGACAAGCCAGGACACCAUGACUUUGAUCUUUUGAAGAAACUUGUACUACCUGAUGGUUCUAUUCUGAGAGCUAAACUUCCAGGAAGACCAACAAAGGAUUGUUUAUUUACUGAUCCAGCCAGAGAUAGAAAGAGUCUCCUGAAGAUUUGGAACAUUAAUGAUUUUUCUGGAGUUGUUGCGGUAUUCAAUUGCCAAGGAGCUGGGUGGUGCAAAGUUGACAAGAAAAACCUUAUCCACGAUGACAAUCCAGACACUGUCACAGGUUUCAUUAGAGCUAAAGAUGUUGACUAUUUAUCUAGGAUAGCAGAUGAUAAAUGGACAGGAGAUGUCGUUCUAUAUUCCCAUCUGGGUGGAGAAGUGGUUUACCUUCCAAAGGAUGCAACCCUCCCAGUGACGUUGAAAUCCAAAGAAUAUGAAAUUUUCACAAUAGUUCCGGUCAAGGAAUUGAGCAAUGACAUCAGAUUUGCUCCUAUUGGUUUAAUAAAGAUGUUCAAUUCAGGAGGGGCCGUCAAAGAAUUCUUCAGUUGGAGAUCUAAUGAAAGUACAAAUGUAACCAUGAAAGUUCGUGGUUGUGGCCAAUUUGGUGCUUAUUCAUCAGCUCAGCCAAAGUUAAUAAGUGUCGAUUCAGAAGAGGUAGAAUUCCGGUAUGAGGAAGAAACUGGAUUGGUGACUGUUGAAUUGAGGGUACCCGAGAAAGAGUUAUACCAAUGGAGUAUUUCCAUUGAUUUUUGAAUCAAGGACUUUGUCUACUUUUAAUGCAUAUCCAUAGUUCAUGACAAGUUGACGAAUGUACGUGGACCAGUGGACUAAGAACAGUAAAAUUUAAUCAGAAGCAAUAAAUGAAUAUCACAAAUUUCUCAA